AUGCCAAAAAGAAAGCCAGCCUCUGAGGUGCCAGUCCAGGAGGUAUCAAGCCCCAAAAAACCAAAACAAGUAAUAGACAAUGUCUUUGAUGUACCGACUGCGGAUGUUCCCGUCAAUAAUUCUCCUGUAGAGCCGACGAAGAAAACUACUACUAGAAAGCCUAGGACCAAAAAACAAGCGUUAUCUCAGAAACCUGCAGUCCCCGAAACUUCUUUGCCUCAAUCAGAGGGUGAACCAUCUUCGAGCACGCAGAUUCCUGCUAACACGUCCCAGGAACCGCCGCCGCCAGAAACACCUUCAUUUGCCCCCGAUGUUAUUGCAACACCCGAAAAAAAACCACGUAAACCUAGAACCAAAAAACAAAAUGCAAAUCCCGAUCCAUUAUCCAUUAAUAAUCUGUUAAUACACACUCCACAAGAGCCCGAAACCGCUCAGAUAAUUCCACAGUUUAUCAAUGUUACAAAUGCGGUUUCCGUAAAGAAGCCUGAAAAUGCGGAGUUCAUGGAUCAACCAAUGCACCACGAGAAUAAUUCGACUAUACAUAGCAGCAUUGCAACCGCAAACCAAAAGGAAAUUGAAUCACAGGAACCCACUGUGGUUCCACAAGAGCAGCCUGUAAAGAAACAAAGGAAAACUAGAACUAAAAAACAAGAAUUACCUCAGGAACAUUCGAUUACUGACGACGCCAUUUCGAGCAGUCAACAACCAAAUGAGUUUGAUAAUGUCAUAAAUAAUGCUCAGCAAGUAUUUGAUGUUCAAAUGAAACCCAAAACGCGUACUCCAAAGACCAGGAAGUCAAAAGUUACUGAGGUUGCCAAUCCCCAAUUAAACGCAUCAUCAUCAGCUUUAGAUAAUAAAGAUGACACGAGCAUACAUGAUGAUGAUAAUGCACAAAAGGCCUCUUCUACUAAAAGAGGUCGUCCGCGUAAAGAGAAAGUACCGGAGCUUACUUCUCAUGAUGACACCAAUACAUCUUCUAAUUUAGUAAAUGAGUCAGAUGAACACACACAAAAGAUCUCGACAUCUAAGAGAGGUCGCCCACGAAAAGAAAAGAAUCCUGAAAUUAUUCCAACUAGUAAUGAACCUGAAACUUUUUCGACUGUUCUUUCCAAAGAACACGAUACUACAACUGCACAUGCUGAAGAACAUUUACAAAGAGCUCCUUCAUCAAAAAGAGGUCGUCCUCGGAAGGUGGAACAGAGUUUGCCUGAUGAAUAUCCUGUGGGCACUCAAAGUGUACACAUCGGAGAGGAAAGGCCGGCGGAAGAAGAAAGCGCUUCUUCCAAGAAACGCAGAGGACGACCCAAAAAAGAUGAUCUUUCACAAGAUGUGACACAAAGUAACGAUUCAACUCACGGUGAGUCUUUUUCAGAGGGAAACAUUCAUUCAACUGCAUCUACCAACCAUCGACAGAGCGACUCAUUUGCUGCUAAUAAAUCUCCGGGGAUUACAAAAAAGAGAAAUAAAAAGUUAGAUAGUCCACAGAUUCAUCAACUGCCGGAAAAGAUCGAUCACGGCGAGAUAUCAAAAGAUUUGCAUCCUGUUAGCAAUCAAAAAUGGGUGAAUUCAUCCUCGGUUGGUGCUGAGAAAUACGACUCCCAUUUCGAAAACACCUACUCUAAUAAUCAGCAGCAUCAAUUUAAUAAAGGUGUAAUUCAACACACCUCUUAUCCGAAGGAAGAAUUCCAACAAUAUUAUGGGAACUCACUUGAUGUACUUGCGUCUGUAUCUGUUGGUGACACCAUGAUGCAAGGGAUUAGUACAGAUGAACAUUAUGCUACCAGAAAUACCUUUGAAGAAAGAGUUAAAGAACCAGAAAGAGCAACUAAUAUUGAUGCAUCCCAUUAUACAAGUUCCCAGCCGCAACAAUCAUAUGAAGAUACGACAAAGAGUUCUCAAAUGGUCGAAAGUGAGAAAGAUACAAAAAGUAUAGAGCAAGGUGAGACAAUGAAAGUAACUAGUGAAGAUAUAGUUACUACUGGAGAUGAUAGUGAGCGAGAAUCUUCAAAGAAACCGUCACCCGUAGAAAAGAUGAAAAGUCGAUUUGAACACUUGCAAAAACUACGUAGCAGAAAGGAUGAGGCCGAACAAGCGAAUAGGCAAGAACUUUACGACGAGCAUCAACGUAAAAAGAUAAAUCCAAGAGACAAGAUUCGGCAAGAACGUAAACGUGAGGAAGCGGAAAAAUUGCUAGCUCGACAGGAGGCCGAAGAAAAAGGGGAGGAUUAUGAACGUAAACAAUUUUGGAAUUAUUCUGUAGAAUCGGUUGAAAAAUGGGAAAAGAAGCAAGAAAAGAAAUUGAAACGGUCCGAUAUUGCAUUCACUGAUUAUAAUCAGGUUGCCCACAAAAAAUAUAAGAGAAUGAUCAAUGAUUUUACUCCUGAUCUCGCUUCAUACAAUGCAAAAAAGGAAACCGCAAGGGCAUCUGCGAGCCUUGUCACUACUGAAGACGGUGAAGUUGUUCCUAUUGACGCAGAAUCCAGCUUUUACAGAGACGCAAAUUCCCUGCAAUAUGCGAGUGUGGACGAUCAACCUAGUCGAGAAGCGAUUGAUCGCCUCGUGAAUGAUGUUGAAAAGCAAAUUGACAGACGUGAGAAAUUUUCGCGCCAAAAAGCCGUUAACGAAGAUGAUGAUAUUACGUAUAUCAACGAGCGAAAUAGGAAAUUUAAUGAGAAAAUCGGCAGAUUUUAUGAUAAAUACACUCAAGAGAUCAAAGAAAACUUUGAGCGUGGAACUGCUAUGAAACCGGAGGUUUAUCUUUUGAUGGUCCCUUUGAAUGUUCCAAUGUAUUUUCCUUUAGAAUUUUAA